AUGGCGGUGGGGGGAGCAGGGAAUGAACUGAAUGCAGACACACUGACCGGCAGAACCGCUGUGGCUGCAAGAGAAGCAGGAGAAGAUGUGACAAUGAGAGUGAUGCUCCCGCGGCUCAUUGAUGCCACUGUCUUCAACCUGGCUUUCUUGACAGUCACAGAGGCCGCAGCUGCACCAUGA